UUGGAUUUAUCAAUUUCUUUAAAAUUACUAAUCCUCAAGCAGAGCCAUGUAAUUUCCAGAUAUCAAUGUUCAAUCAAGAAUCAGCCAUUUGGAUAAACCUAUAAAUUCCCACCACCACAAAAAAUCUCAAGAUUUCUCUUCCCACAAAAACCCCAUCAAAAGAAAAAAGCAAAAAAGAGAAGAUCUUCCCAGAAAUCUUGUAUUACCAGAAUCACCAUGACUGCUUCUACUUCAGCUUUCUUCUCAUCAUCAGUUCUCAACAUACCCAAUUCCAAGAACCAAUCCCUCAUCAUCCCAUCUCACAAGAACAUCUUAAACCCUAACCCUUUUACCCAAAUCAAGAUUCAUAAAUCAAGAAACCCACAAAAGCCAAAUGGGUAUUUCAUUUCUAAGUCUGUUACUGUCGAUAACCCCUCCACUGUUUCUUCUACAUCUUCGUUGAGUGUAGAUGAGGGAGUUGAUGAAAAAGAUGCUGCGGCAAUGGGGAAAGUUGGGUCUAAGGUUAGGGUUACGGUUCCGUUGAAAGUGUAUCAUGUUCCGAAGGUUCCGGAGUUGGAUUUGGAUGGGAGAAUUGGGACGGUGAAACAGUAUGUGGCUGUUCAUAAAGGGAAACAAAUAUCAGCUAAUUUGCCUUACAAGGUGGAGUUCGUGGUAGACGAUUUGGAAGGACGAAGUACUCCGGUUAAGUUCUCUGCCCACCUUAAGGAAGAUGAGUUUGAGUUUCUUGAUUGAUCCAUUUCAGUUUUGAUCACAAUUUAAUUGCUUUUUAAUGAACUCUGUGUACUUCUGAAUAUAUGAAAAUAAUCAUGUGUACAAGUAUUGUUUUGUGUA